AUGGUCAAGGAGGUGCCAUUGCUGCAAUACGAUGCUGAGCAGAGAAUAGCUGCCAACGAAGGCAGCUUCGGCUUUCUUGCGGAAAUGCGUGGCAUUCGUGCAGAGAUGGUAAAAAUGAACGAUAAGAUCAGGAAACUCGAAUCUCAUCGCCAGAGCUAUCUGGAUAUCCUUCAAAGGACCAUUUCCACAUGGGUGCGAGAUGCGCUGAACAAGGACACAGAAUACCGGAAGAAACUGAAUAAGGAUGUUAUCCACGGCGGUGAUGUGCGAUCCGAUGCCAUGGUAGUCACUGGGCGCUACCAGAAAAGCAGCACCGAAUGGCAAUCUUUUCCAGCAGCUUCUAUCCUGUCUAAGAACGCUCGGAUAAGCCUCCCUACUGAGGCGAUGGGAAAUAAACGCGAGGAUCUUAUCGCUAUGCUACUGGAGGAGAGAUAUGAAGAGGCUGAGAAGAUGAGCAGCACUUUUCUUUGUGGGAACGAAUCGUCUGUGAAGAGUAGUUCUAGUCCUGCCAAAAAGCUAGAUAUGGCUAUCCAAUUAAUCGAUUUGUAA